AUGUCUGAGUCAUUCGACCCCCGGGGUCACGACCCACGCAUUGAAACCGCUGGUUUAGAGGACGAGAGCAAGAACGUAGUUCAGUUGGCGGAUUGCUUGUCUGGCAAGCAGAAAGCUCUGGCUGCAUUCGGCUCUAGGCAUGGCAGAAAGCUACUCGUUAUGGUGCAUGAAGCCCCCGCCCCGGCCGCCAGCGAGGAGCUCACGUCCGUGGUGGUCCUGGCCGACGGCUGUGCCAUGCAAGUGCAGCUGGACGGCGUCGACCUGCUGCUGGAGCCCCAGCCCACCUCGGUAAUGCGAGUGGUGCUCCCUGGACACACCUUAAUCCUGGUCCCUGAAGGUCUCCAGUCUAACGCCCAUCUUGGACAGCCUGAGAUCUCGUCCACCAGCGCACAGGAAGCCGCUCUCCUGCACAUGCCCCAGGACCAACUUGUCGUCCUCCAGCAGGGAUCCGCCUGUGAGUACAUCCUAGACAACUCCUAUCAAGAGGACGCCUGUGAUGAGGAUGAGGACUCUGGCUUCCUGUCACCCUGGAUAGGUGCUCCAGCUGGUGAGGCCUCUGAGCUUUUUUCUUCCAUCAUCAGGAUGCCCAGCCCUUGGCCUCAGGACUACAACCUCGAACCACAGCUUCCAGUGCUCUCCCCUAAUGCAGCCAGAAACAUCUGGGACUUGGACAGCUACCUGCUGGGACCUUUCCCCCCCUCACCACUGCAGCCUCUGCCCCCAUCUCCUCCUCCAAGUCCCCAAGAGCAGCGCCCUGCACGCCCAAGAGCACGGUCCCCAUGCAAGGCUAGGAGGCGACUGUUCUGUGAAUGA